AUGGUGUCGUCUUUGAGACACUGUCGACGACAGCGCCGGAAAUUGGGAGCUACAGUGCUGGUGGCGUGCCUUUUACUCGUAGUAGCACCAGUGGCGGUGGUCUGUCUGACUUGGAAUUUCUCGGUGGAUGCCCAGGAUACAGAUACAGAUGCUUCUGUUUCCUCCAAUCAAGAUCCUCCAGAUGUCUGGAACUUGAAGAACCAAAGAACAGACUUGGAAGGAUCCACUGCUGAUGCUGCUCAUCAGCAAGAACCUGAAACGCAAGAGACAGAGGUUCCGGAACAUGCAGCAGCAACCACAGCUGAACAAGGGACAACCAGUCCCACCCAUGUCACAACACCUGAAGCAGUGGAUGAAGGAGAGGCUGAACAGCUAGACCGAAAGCUGGAUUCACAAGAACCCAGCCAACCAUCAGUUCAGCCAGAAGAUUCGAGUACAGAUCAGACAAAAACUACCAGUGAAGGGAUUUGCUCGGUCAGUUCUUGGUUGGAUCCACUCUGUGGCAAUCAUCAACCUCAGUCUGACAGCAGAGAAUUCUCUGAGGAAGAUCCUAAGCAACAACAAUCGCAAGAAGCACAUUCCUCACAGCAGCAACCCACCACCACCACCACUACUAGUGAAGACGAUGCACCACCCGUUUUUAUGAUUCCUUCCUUUGCAGGAACGAGACUCCGGAGUUGGUCCGAUGUAGAAUGCCAUAGUGGCGCCUCUCUCACGAACCGAGCUGGAAGACAACGACCAUUUGCCAAUUUUCGGGUGGGAGGUUCUGUGUGGCUUGAUAUCAAACGUCUCAUGGCACAUACCAGUUGCUGGGUCAAUUGCAUCAAACUACUUCCUGAAUCACAGGAGGAUGAUCUCUGUGCGACACGACCGGACGAAGGACUUGACGCCAUUACGCAGGUGGACGAACAAUUGCCCACUGGCUUUCUCUGGAAAGAUGCCAUUCACAUGCUGGCCACAAUGGGAUACCGACCGGGGACAUCCAUGUUUGCACAUCCCUACGAUUGGAGGCUUCCGCCCAAGAAAAUGGAACAACGAGAUAGAUCCUUCUCUAGACUCAAAUCAAACAUUGAACGCACUGUCCGAGAACACAAACAACGCAAUCCACACUCUCCCAUUCGAGGCGUAUUCUUGGUUGCAUUCUCCAUGGGAAAUCUAUUCACACAGUACUUUUUCCGAUACCUUCAAGCUGGACUCGGUCAAAAGGGAAUGGAACAAUGGGUCGAUGAGCAUGUGUAUGCACUCGUCAUGGCGGGGGCUCCCUUUUUAGGAAGCGGAUCCACACUCGAGAGCAUUAUUGUCGGGGAGACGGCCGGAUUGCCCAUGCAAAAGGAACAGGCACGUGACAUGAUGCUCACAUGGGGAAGCAUGCCCUGGAUGAUGCCCACGGCGCCAUUGUUGCGGAACCCACGACACGCUGCCAUGAACCACGGCGAACGCGACUUGCCCGUGCAACAGGUACGUCUGACAACCCACGAUGGACGGGUCUUUGAUCCGCCAAAUCGCGAUAUCGUCAAGACAAACGGCUGGUUGGGACAGAUUGGGGAUCCGAGACUAUCCAGCGUGCAGAAUAUCAUUGACCGAUGGUAUGCCGAGGACCCGCUGUUUGACCCCGACGCGGCGCGAGAGCCCUUUGUGCCACCCAAAAACUUGAUUGAUCAUGUCAUUUGUGCCUAUGGGAUCAACGUUCCCACCCCGAUCCGGUUAGAGUUUGAAGAAGACAAGAACAAUGCGGGCUUCUACAAGAAAACCGACGAGGUUGUCAACAAUCGGGGUGAUGUUAGAUCGUCUCGUACCGGGAAGCGGGUUUUACCCGUACGCCAACAAUACGCUACUCGAAAGAGCGGGGAUGGAACGGUGGACUAUGCUUCCUUAUCCUGGUGUCAUUCUUGGUUUGGAAAGGACGUGGUGAAUAUCACGAGAAUCCCCGCAAACCGAAAAUACGAACCAGACGAGGUCGAGCGAUACGAGAAUGUGGACGUCCUCGAUCCGAAACAAUUGUCGGCAACAGAGAAGCGACCUCAUGGAUUCAACUCUUUCUAUUCCAAACAGUGGGUUGAUGUUCAUCCGGACUCUGGUUUGCAACGGCCCAAGUCAAUACAAGUCUGGGAAUUUGACGGCAUUACACACCGCGACAGCGUCACGCAUCCUCUUUUCUUGCGCAUCUGGAAGGAUAUACUCGGCGGCACGACGGCGUUCUCUCGGGCUUACACCAACGCACGAGAGCGCGUCAUGAAACGGAUGUGGAAGGAAAUUGACGAUUCGGGCACAAUGGAUGGCAUCAGCAAAAACUGGCUAUUGGAUCUUUCACGCGAGGGCACAUUCCAGAACACAAACGGCAAUGUGCCGACAAAUGACAACGAUUGCUUUUGGAACUACGCCGAAGUCCGAUGUGAUAGACCCAGGUACUGCGAGUACCAGUAUCGUGUUGGUGACGUGCACCUAUCCCAGUCUUGUCGACUUCGUGAGACGCCGUUGGCGAAGGACGACCCACGGGUGCUGCUUCGUGACGCCGUGGCAUACAAUGUGUCAUACACAGUUGCACCUGAUCGGGUGGAGUGGCAGACUGUCUACCGAAGUCAAGACCCACAAUUCAUCCCUCCUUGGGCCCAAUUGUUCUUGGCGUUCCUCGGUGGCGCGGCUGCUUUGGCGGUUCUCCUUUGUGGUGCAUGUCACCUUUACGGGGAACAGCAUUUGUUUGCUUCACUAGAGACAGAAUAG